GAAUGGAUGCGGCUGGUGGCCUUGGACCUUGGUCGCGUGGCACCAACAGGCAACAAAUUCCCAAAUUCACGGGACGGGAGAGAGAUAAUCACCAUUCACCAAGCAGCAGCAGAAGCAGCAGGAGGUGGCCAUGGCCGACUCCCCCGAAUUAGCUCGUGCUCGGGGCGUCCUGAGCGUGAGCGCCGACGACCACGCGCGGGUGGGCGCGCUCUCCUCUGCCGCAUCCCUAUCACCGGCCACUACUCAUCUGUCGCCGAGCUUCUUCGAGGGAUUCGCGCUGCGCGGGAUCCGCGUGCUCCGCCUCCACCCGGGGUUCAUCCACUGCUCCUACACCGUCCCUCCAGGCCUCACCGACUCCACCACCGGCUGCCUCGCCGCCGGUGCCGUUGUGGCCCUGGUCGACGAGAUCGGCUCCGCCGCCUCCAUCUCCCAAGGCCAAAACCUCAAGGUAUCCGUCGACAUGUCCGUCGCCUUCCCCGACCUCUCCCAGGCCCGCCCGGGGGACCGGCUGAGCAUAACGGCAAGGGCGCUCGGGCACAAGGGCGCCUACUCCGGCACGCACGUGCUCUUCACCAACGCUGCCACCGGCAACGUCGUCGCCGAGGGCAGGCACUCCCUCUUCGGGAACAUGAAGAAGUCGCCACCCAAGCCAGCAGCCACCACUCACAGGAGCAACUUGUGAUAGGUGCCUCUGCCUGCUCCUAAGUACCAAGGAAAUGUGUUCUGAACGGCCGCCUACUUCUCUCUUAUCAGUUCCGCUUGUAUAUGUAACCUUGAUUCAGAGGACGAUGUACUAUGUACUGUAUGACGUAGUAUUAUGCAACUCAACUUUGGUAA